AUGACGCUGCUCGCAGCUCCUGGACUGUCGAAUCAGCAGCGUCCACGCCAGAGUGGGAGAUGUACGACUGCUUCUGGAUCCAGCGCCAAAGUCAUACUGCUGCUGCUGCUGCUGCUGCUGCCUCUGCUGCUGCUGCUGCCUCUGCUGCCUCUGCUGCUGCUGCUGCUGCCUCUGCUGCUGCUGCUGCCUCUGCUGCCUCUGCUGCUGCUGCUGCUGCCUCUGCUGCUGCUGCUGCUGCUGCCUCUGCUGCUGCUGCCUCUGCUGCCUCUGCUGCUGCUGCUGCUGCCUCUGCUGCCUCUGCUGCUGCUGCCUCUGCUGCCUCUGCUGCUGCUGCUGCUGCCUCUGCUGCUGCUGCUGCCUCUGCUGCUGCUGCCUCUGCUGCCUCUGCUGCUGCUGCUGCUGCCUCUGCUGCCUCUGCUGCUGCUGCCUCUGCUGCCUCUGCUGCUGCUGCUGCUGCCUCUGCUGCUGCUGCUGCCUCUGCUGCCUCUGCUGCUGCUGCCUCUGCUGCCUCUGCUGCCUCUGCUGCUGCUGCUGCUGCCUCUGCUGCUGCUGCUGCCUCUGCUGCUGCUGCCUCUGCUGCCUCUGCUGCCUCUGCUGCCUCUGCUGCCUCUGCUGCUGCUGCUGCUGCCUCUGCUGCCUCUGCUGCUGCUGCUGCUGCCUCUGCUGCCUCUGCUGCUGCUGCUGCUGCUACUGCUGCUACUGCUGCUGCUACUGCUGCUGCUGCUGCUGCUACUGCUGCUACUGCUGCUGCUGCCUCUGCUGCUGCUGCUGCUGCUGCUGCUGCCUCUGCUGCUGCUGCUGCUACUGCUGCUGCUGAGCCAGUAG